CACCUGAAGAUUACAUGAUGUGGAGCACAAAUACAUUGGAUGUUAUAUCUCUGCAAAGAACUAAAGACCAAGGACUAGUCCAAGGCCCCAACUAAGUACUCUAUUUAUUCAACAAUUCUACUCUCUCUCUCUCUCUCUGUGAGAAACACACAAACAGACAAGAAACAGAGACAGACAUCUUCCUCUGUCUGCAAUCAAAGCACAAUGAGCUGGUGGUGGGCUGGAGCAAUAGGAGCUGCAAAGAAACAAUUGGACCACAGCAAUGUGCCACCACGGUACAAGAGCGUGGCUCUGAUCAUCGGCGUGACGGGCAUCGUCGGCAACAGCCUCGCUGAGAUCCUGCCACACUCCGACACACCCGGCGGGCCGUGGAAGGUAUAUGGCGUGGCCCGCCGCCCCCGCCCCGCCUGGACUGCCGACUACCCUAUUGAGUACAUCCAGUGUGACAUCUUGGAGGUCCAAGAAUCCCAUGAAAAGCUCUCCAAACUCAGGGAUGUCACGCACAUUUUCUACGUGACAUGGGCUAACAUUCACGACGAAAUCGAAAACUGUAAGGUGAAUUCUAACAUGCUGCGCAACGUUCUCAAUGCUGUCAUCCCAAAUGCGCCAAAACUGCAACAUAUUUGCUUGCAAACAGGUCGAAAACACUACGAAUCUCAUGAAGCUCCAUAUCAUGAGGAUCUUCCAAGAUUGAACGUACCCAAUUUUUACUAUUCCCUGGAAGAUGUUUUGUUUGAAGAGGUGGCGAAGAAGGAGGGCUUGACAUGGUCGGUGCACAGGCCUGGAGUGAUAUUUGGACUUUCUCCAUAUAGUUUGACGAAUAUUGUUGGGAGUUUAUGUGUAUACGCGGCGAUAUGCAGGCACGAGGGCGAGCUAUUGAGGUUUCCAGGAAGUCGUGCGGCGUGGGAGGGGUAUUGGGAUGCUUCGGAUGCGGAGCUGGUUGCCGAGCAUCAGAUAUGGGCGGCGGUGGAUGUGAAUGGGAAGAAUGAGGCGUUUAAUUGUAGCAAUGGGGACGUGUUCAGUUGGAAGCAGUUAUGGAAGAUUUUGGCUGAACAGUUUGGCGUGGAGUGUGGGGAAUUUGAUGAGAAGUACUCCAAUUUGAGCUUGCAGGAGAUGAUGAAGAACAAAGGUGCCGUGUGGGAGGAGAUUGUGAGAGAGAAGGAUCUGGUGCCUACCAAAUUAGAAGAGAUUGGGGCUUGGUGGUUUGUAGAUGCUGUUCUUGGGGGUGAGUCUUUUUUGGAUAGCAUGAACAAGAGCAAAGAGCAUGGAUUUGUGGGGUUCAGGAACUCAAAAACAUCAUUUUGUUAUUGGAUUGAUAAGAUGAGAGCUCACAGAAUUGUUCCCUAAAUGAUAAGUGGAUAAAAGCUCUCAGCUUUCUGAUAAGAGAUUCUUUUGUUUUCUGUUUUGGUUGUUGUAAUUGAAAAAUUCGUUUGUCGUCACUGAUCUUGUUCUUUUUUACGUGGUAAAUGGGAAAAUAUUUGGCGUAUUACAAUUUUUA